UCUAAGCCCAACAGCGCCGAGAAACUCAUCCUUCAGUCCCCCAAGCAUUCACCCGAGCAUUCUACACAGUAUAUGCCUCUCGCUGCAACUCUCCUAGCGUAUCACGUCUUGCAUGCGAUGCACGACAGAAUGGCGCGGGAUCAGAAGGUAUUGCCGUAAAAACAUUGACUAAUACUUAAUACUAAUGUUUCCCUUGACUCUUGUUACUAUCUGUUCUGUACGUAGAAUAAAAUCUUACUCUUACGUCCAGCAUAUUUUGUUUUACGCGAACUUCUGUUUCGCAACUCCAACUACUGUCAGUCAUCUGGUAUACUAUUGCGGCAAUUAGUAUAACUACGUCUUGUGAAACUUGCCUGCCAAUCAUAAAGAUGUCGCAUUACCAUGACAGCCGUUCCCGCGGGCGGUCGAGCCACCAUCGGGACCGUUCUCCCGGCUACACAUACUCGGGAGGAGACUACCCAAUAUCCUACGAGGAGAGCCGACAACUUGCGAACACGACAAACCCUACGUAUGAUGAGUCGCCGCCCCCGAAACAACUAACUUAUGAGCCGUACCCGUCUCAUUCGUCAUCGAGCUUGCAAAUACCCGAAUCGCGCUCGCGACCUAGAUCUCUCCCCUCAGGUGAAUAUCGUAGAUCAAGUCGCGGAAGGAGACAGGAAAGGUGUCACGACAGAGACAGCGACAGCGAAUACUCUGAUGACAGCCGGACGCAUACUCCAAUUGACAAGGCGCGGAAUUUUGUCGAUAACAACUUUUCCAACUCUACUGCGGGACUUGGAAUUGGCGUACUUGGCGCAUUAGUGGGUGGCUUAGCGGCUAGGGAAGCAGUCGAUGCCACGACCAAGAACAAUGGUCACCACCAUCACGAAACCCCUGACCAGAAGCGCAAGCAACUCAUCGGCACGAUGGUCGGUGCAGCCGUAGGUGCGCUCGGCGCAAAUGCCGUCGAGAAGCGGCUCGAGGCGCGGCGCGAAAGGGACAAGCUCGGGCAAGAGGAAUGGGAGCGCAAGUUCAGAUCGGACCGCGACGUCAUUGAGAAGCGUGAAGUCAUCGCUCGCCCACGCGAUAGUAGCGGCUCCAGCUGGAGGAGGGAUUGGGAUGAACGCGACUACGGUCGUUCUCGAAGCCGCGGCCUCGAGCGCGAGGUCGACCCGGAGGCACGCAGCUGGAGAAAUGUCGAGGAUUGGCUGAACGACGAACGGAACGAUAGUAGGCCAAGGUCGGACGGACGCAGAAGCGCGGACGGGGAGUAUCGCUAUUGACUGAUAAGAUAUAUAUCCGCGUCAAAGCGCAUGUGGCGCUACUUCUAGCUCCCUUUUUUUGAUUAAAACUACGGGCACUGUCUAAUGUAGAUCUUCUCCUUUGUUACGUAAGAUGGAGUUCCACAAAUUUAGAUGCCGAGAUGAGACUUCUUAGCGUACGAGCAAACGACAUUCAUGAUUCGAUUAUUUCCAUUUAAUUCCUUUAGUCUUUAUAUAUCAUAUAGACGAUGAGGGUCGUAGCGAUAAUAUAAAUAUCUCUGAAAUAUAUUGUAUUAUGCAAACGAAACUCCACAUGAAAUAAAUACCGUAUCUACUUCAUGUGUUAUAGUCCAAUUACUCUACUGGA